AUGUUGGCUUUCUCCCUCCUAGUGGCCCUGCUUUGCCCGGGAGUUUGGGGAACCGACCCGAAGGCGCGCAGAGCCGAGGGAGAAGGAUCGGGAGGAAGAGAAGGAGGCGUCGCAGAGCCCUGGUGCCCUUACAAGGUGCUGAGCGAAGACGGCCCGGGACGGCUAUGCUUCCGCAGCCCGGCGCUGGGUUUCCACUGCGCUCCGGAGCGCUGCACGGCUCACCGCUCGCCCGGCCGCGCCUUGCUGGCCAACGUGCUCCGCAACGGCAGCGUCUUGCUGCAGUGGGCCUGGCCGGCCGAUCAGCAGCCUCCCCUGCGGGGCUUCGCGCUCUCCUGCUCGUGGGAAGGCGCCUACACGCGUUUCCAGUGCGAGAGCGUGCGGCUGGGCGCCGCCUGCCGGGACUACCUGCUGGCCGACCCGCACGGCAGUGUCCGCUACCGCCUCUGCCUCCAGCCCGUCUUGGGUGACGGGGACGAGCCGGCGGCGGUAGCCGAGUGCGUGGAGUUCACUGUGGAGCCGGCCGGCAUGCGGGAUAUCGUCGUGGCCAUGACGGCCGUCGGGGGCUCCAUCUGCGUCAUGCUGGUCCUCAUCUGCCUCCUGGUGGCUUACCUGACCGAGAACCUUACGCCCUCUUCGGCCAAGCGGGGCAGCUGAGCCCCGACGCUCGGAUCUGGCCCGUCGGACCUUCUUCUGCCGCUUUGGGGCGGCGGGGGUUCAGCCGCUGCCUUCCAGCUGGAGAGCGGGACUACAACUCCCGCAAGGUCCCGGCCGGGGCUUAAAGCACGAAUGGAGGCUGCGGCAUGCUGGGAGGCGUAGUUUUGGGCGGAGUGUUUCUUGGUCCCUGUUUGGGAAAGAAGGUGACUUCCCCACCCCACCCCGCCCUCCAAGUAAAGGGUUUUUCUUCCAUGGAGGAUUAGACUCCCGAGUCCUCUCUUUUGGUUUGGCAGUCUGGAGCGAAGACCACCAGGAGAUCUCAGGAGGGUAACCUCCCAGAAGAUGGCAACGACAAACCACUUUUGUAACGGAGCUCAAAAAAACUCAACACCUUGCCUGGGUGCAUCCCAUCACGUUGCUGGGGAGUUGAGCUGAACUAAGGGAUUGAAUAGGGACACAGUAGCUCAGUGAGUAAGACGCUGAGCUUGUCGAUCAGAA